CAAGUAGGGUGGCGGGGAAACUCAGAAUAAUUUUCAACCUUGACAAGGAAGGACCUCAUAAUCGGGGGGCGCGAAGAUCUCGGAGCGCAUUUUCGCGAGUUAAAACUCUUUUCUAUCUCUUACGCUUACAGUGAUUUGCUUUUCACACGCACACCCAUUUUUUCUCCUGAGAGAGAGUGAGAGAGAGAGAGAAAGAUAGAGUUGCCUCACCCUUCUUGAAGCACCCCAAAUCUUGGAGAAGAUAUGGCAUUGCCCAACCAACAACAGGUUGAUUAUCCAAACUUCAAGCUAGUCAUUGUUGGCGAUGGUGGAACCGGAAAAACCACCUUCGUCAAGCGCCAUCUCACUGGAGAAUUCGAAAAGAAAUAUGAGCCAACAAUUGGUGUGGAAGUUCAUCCCUUGGACUUCUUUACUAAUUGUGGUAAAAUCAGGUUCUAUUGCUGGGACACUGCAGGCCAGGAAAAGUUUGGUGGACUUCGAGAUGGAUACUACAUCCAUGGACAAUGUGCAAUUAUCAUGUUCGAUGUAACAGCCAGGUUGACAUAUAAGAAUGUACCAAUUUGGCAUAGAGAUCUUUGUAGAGUAUGUGAGAACAUCCCCAUAGUUUUAUGUGGUAACAAGGUUGACGUGAAGAACAGGCAGGUAAAAGCAAAGCAGGUCACUUUCCAUAGGAAGAAGAACCUUCAAUACUAUGAGAUCUCAGCAAAAAGCAAUUACAAUUUCGAGAAGCCUUUCCUUUACUUUGCUAGAAAGCUUGCCGGGGACCCUAAUCUGCAUUUUGUUGAGUCACCUGCACUUGCCCCUCCUGAAGUUGAGAUUGACCUUGCUGCACAAAAAGACAAGCUGUGGAUUGGCCUUUUUAUAUUUCUGCCAGUAUGUGGAUUGCUCUGAUAUUUGAUGGAUCAGAAUCAGUCAUAUCUAUAUAUAUGUGCAAGAAGCUCAGUUGUCUGCCGCUGCUGCACAGCCCCUUCCAGAUGAUGAUGACGAUUUACUUGAGUAGCUCAAAUAUGGCCCAUCGCUUCUGUCAACUCUCAGAGCCAGUCUUUUCUAUUUGACAGACGUUUCUUUUCUUCUGAGUUUUUACUGAAUUUUCUUGGAAUGAACUUCAUGUGCAUCUAUAUUCUUGUGCUUGAACCUCGAGAGAUGCUGAUUCCAUGAACCGGAAUGUGGGUUUGUACCUUAGCUGGCUAUAAAUUUUUUUGUUUCUGUGGUCAGGUCAUACAUUUGAUAUUGGGUUGGGAGGGGGAAGUACUGAACUAAGCAGCUGAUGACUUUACUCUUUUGUAAAAGAUUUCAUCGUGUUCUUGAAUUACAUAUCCUGUCUGACAUUUUUCAA